AUGACGGACGGAAAACAGCGUGAUAGCCCCGGGGUCUCCGCCGGGGUCCCAGGCUCACCUUUGAGCCAUCCCGCCCAUACCCUCCCCUACCAUGUGGUCAUCAAAGAAUUGGAGACCAGGAUUGAUGAGGGUCUGAGCAAUGAGGAAGCUCAGCGUCGCCUUCAGGAAUAUGGUCCGAACAAACUGGAGGAAGGCGAGGGCGUAUCUAUCAUCAAGAUCCUCGUGCGCCAGGUCGCAAACGCAAUGAUGCUAGUUAAGGGGCCCACUUUCUUGUUUUCCUGAACUCCCAGCGUUAUGAGAACUCCCAGAGUCUGA